CUAUCACUAGCACUGCGAGCUUAGGAGUCGCAGCACAAGAGUAGUCUCGCUUUCGCGCGCGCAGCACCCAAGCGCUGCGGCGCCGCUACAUCACAAAAUACACAUUGCAAGCCUUGACUGCUUAUGCAAAUCAUCGCGCUGACAGCAUCCUGCUUUGCGACUGCGUGCACCAGAUAUAUGGCCGUGCUGCCUGCUAGCCUCCAGAGGAGCCCCUGCCUGCUGCCCCGCCGCCCGACGACCGGCCUGAACGCGGGUCUCACGCCCGCCACGCGCACGGCCGCUACCGCACAGCAGCUGCACGCCACCAGCGCCUCAGCUGCCGCCUGCCGCCGGCGCAGCCUCACCUGCAGCGCUGCCUCCGCCAGCCCCACAGCAGUCCCGCAGCGGCCCCUACACCCAGGCUUCUCCGCCCUCUCCAAACGCUCCAUCCGAAUGUCCUCCAACGCCGCGGCCGCGGCCUCCGGGCCCUCCGCGGCGGCAGCCGCCGCCGGCGCUCCGGGCGCCGGCGCGGGAGCGGGCGUACGGGACACGAUCCAGCUCACUGACCAGGAGCGGGAGAUCUUUGACACGCUGCUGGCGGCUGUACGGCAGGCGGGCAGCAGUACGACACUGCGCUGCGCGGGCGGCUGGGUGCGGGACAAGUUGCUGGGUCGCGGCAGUGACGACAUCGACAUUGCGCUGGACGACUGCCUGGGCAAGGACUUUGCGGAGCUGGUGAACGACUGGCUCAAGUCGCAAGGCCGCGAGGCCCGCCACGCGGCCGUGAUCCACUCCAACCCCGACCAGUCCAAGCACCUGGAGACGGCGCGCAUGAAGGUCGGCGAGGUGUGGCUGGACCUGGUCAACCUGCGCAGUGAAACCUACGCCGCAGACAGCCGCAUCCCUACCAUGACAUUCGGCACGCCACAGCAGGACGCUCUGCGCCGCGACUUCACCAUCAACGCCCUGUUCUACAACAUCAGUGCGGGCGGCGUGGUGGAGGACCUCACGGGGCGCGGACUGCAGGACCUGCGUGACGGCCUCAUCCGCACGCCGCUGCCGCCCAUGGAGACCUUCCUGGACGACCCGCUGCGAGUGCUGCGCGCCGUGCGGUUCGGCACCCGCUUCGGUUUCCAGCUGCACCCCGACAUCCUGGAGGCCGCCGCGUCAGAGCAGCCCUAGCCCCCCGCAGCCCUAGCCCUUGACAAUCCUGCAGCAUGACAGCAUGGCAUUAUGACCGUGUCAGCUUGCGUGC